UCAAAUUUGAUGCACUCUUGACAAAACUACAAAAAAAAAAUUUGCAUAUUUAAAGAGAGCCCGAGCUGAUCCUCAGACUAACAAGCCAUGUACAUAUACCAUCUCUGAGCUAAAAGCAUCACCAGCACAAUGUCAAGCUGUUUAUGCAUCUCCAUCGAAAUCUUCUGUUUCUUUGGAGUUAUCAUCUUUGAUGCUGUUUUUAACGAGUAUGUAAACCUUACUGAAAAUGGCGUCCGGCCGUUCAAGCGAGGAUUCUUUUGCGACGAUGAAUCCAUCAUGAAACCAUAUGGGCAGGAGUCUUUGUCGUUCACGGGGAUUUUAUCCGCUGGAAUAAUCUUAUCUUUGGCAAUGAUAAUGGCGCUCGAGGUUGGAAACCACUACACAAAAUCAAAGUCAAAUGGCGGUAAGACAGAAGACGAUGGAACGAAAGUUGGUCCAGUUGUCGUACCGAUUUACAUCAUAAGGAUGUUACAUCGCAUGGCCAUGUUUGGUUUUGGCAUGGCAAUACUGUUACCGCUCACCGAUAUCAUUAAAGUCCUCACUGGUCGAUUGAGACCUCAUUUUCUUGCCGUGUGCAAACCCAACGCAACCCUGUUCAAUUGCAGUACUGGAUAUAUUACAGCUGAUGUCUGUACGGGCGACCCUCUGAAAAUCAAGAAUGCAAGGAUGUCUUUCCCUUCAGGACACACGUCUUGUUCAGCUUACUGUUUGGUCUUUAUAGCUAUUUGCCUCCAAGCUGUUGUGUGCCUGCGUAAAUAUAAGCUACUCAGAACACUAUUCCAGUCUAUUCUUCUCCUUCUUGGAUUGGCUGUUGGCCUAUCUAGGAUAAGAGACUAUUAUCACCACUGGACCGAUGUUUUGGGGGGAUUUAUUUUUGGAGCCUUUGCUGCUUGGUUUGUGGCCACCAAGGUGAUACACUUAUUCGAUCAUGAAGAUGACAAACCAGAAAGUUUUUACACGAUUUUAUCAAACGAAGACGAAGAAGUCAAACUGGGCGUUACUAAGCAAGAAAUGGAGUAACACUUCCCUUAUAACUCCGAAUGACUAACAAACUAAUAUGUCCACUAUAUAACUUUGUAUCAGGCAUAUAUGAGGCAUUUACAGCUGUUUCAAGCUGUUUCAAAGGUUGGUGAAGGUUUUGUUGCAUGGGGCAUGUUACAUCUUGAACCGCUGCAUCUUGUAUAAAGUGCUGCUUACAAAGCUUUAAAUGUGUGACACUCAUAUGUAAAUAACAAAGUGUCAGCACAAAGCUAAUUAUGCCGGAAAACAUGUACGAAAUUCCAUAUCGUUGUGAACUUUUGCCCAUGGAAUUCACAUCACCCAUAGUGCAGUUCGGGCUUGGUGCACCACAUGCAACAAAUUAAACCAACCUGUCUUCAAAUAACUGUUAAGUGGCAUCGUAUCCCCUUCAUAACAUUACUUAUAUGACUUUAAACAGCAAUAUUAGGGGGCGAAUCCAGGAAUUGUGUGUGUGUGUGUGUGUGUGUGGUGGGGGGAGGGAUGUUUGAAAGGAAAAAGGGAAGAAAGAUAUGUUAAAAAAGGUGCUCGAGUGUGCCAGGCCAAGUUAUAGUUACGGUUGUAAUACAUUCUUGGCUAACGGACUGUCACCAAGGAAAGUAGUCACCAAAGAAGGCCACAACAAGCAUGGACAGCAAUGAUGACUACAGAACAUUGUAAUAAAAUAAAAUAAGUCUAAGCAGGGUGUGGUCUUUCACGUGGUCACUCUAGUCGAAUUUUAUUGGAAAACAAAGAUUUUCCAGUUUUCGUAUAUUCUUAACACGUUUAGUUGUUGGCAUCUAACCAUUAUCUUCAAUAAAUGAUCUACUUUCCAGAUUCUAUUUUUGUCACAUUUAUCUAAACUGGGAUCCCUGUGUUGUUGUUUGCAAACUUCCUCAAAAUCCAGUCCCCAUGAUCACCCUAACUAGAUAUAUAUUGUUUCACGGAUAUAUGGCAUACACUCUACUCUAGUGCAUCCAUAACACCUUCAACUUUACAUUCUACAGAGACAUUGUUGAAUUUUAUUUUUUUCACUAAAAAAUCACUAAAAAUCCUUAUAGCAAUCAAAAGUUAAAAAAUUGUUCAGCUUGAGAAAAUAAUAUAAAUAUCAACUGGAAUAAUACAAUAGCACUUUAAAUAAAAUCAAAUUAAAUAUUUUCAAACGUAAGUUGUUGCUCAGAUGCAUAAGAAUAUUAUAUAGCAAAGGUGGGUCUCGAGGGGGAAUAAAGAGAGUUAUUCCAUA